AUGAUUACCAGCACGAUUGAGAUUGCCGCUCCUCCCGCGAAAGUUCGUGAUAUUUUGCUUAAUUUCUCGGCAUAUCCCGAGUGGCACACGGAAUGGCUGAAGGAGAUCAAGGUCCAGGACAGCAACAAGACCCCCCAAACGCUCAGCGACGGAGAUAAGAUCCAAGUCAACAUUGAAAACUUCAAGUUCGUGGCUGAUGUCAAGGAGAACACUGAGAACAUAUUCUCUUGGCAGGGCCCGCCUGUCUUCACCAUUGCUGGUCUGCAUAAAUUCCACAUUGAGCCAGCUGACGAUGGUGCAUCCACUGUUUUUACCCAGACUGAGGAUCUCAAGGGUCUUCUUGCAUUCAUCAUGAGCCCUUCGCUGCUUGGAAAGAAAAUGGCUGCCCAUUUCGACAUCUUCCACCGGGAUCUUAAAGCUCGGGCCGAGCAAGCCUAA